AUGCGGAGCACACUUCUCGUCGUACUCGUCGCAUUUCAAGCGUGGAUGGCCACUGGGUUGCCAGUCCAUCAUCGUGGCGAUCAGCUGGCAGCCCAGGGCAUCACGCUGAAAUACAGAUCAUCUCCAACAGGAGGAAUCAUGGAAAACCCGCCACAUUUUUCCGACUGGGCGGCUCAAGAAGAGCGCAACCAAUUACGCACGUCGAUCCUGGAAGCUGGCGGCAAAGGGGCUCUACUCCCCGCAAGCUGGGCUGAAAGAACACAGAGAACAUUCAAGGCCUGGUGGGCCUUUUACCUCACCCAAUACCCAGCCAAUUUGGACCACAAGCACAAGCAAAACAAAAAACGGCCCAGUUACUUUACUGCGAUCAAUACAUCACAGAAAGCAAAGGAGACAGAGUCCGGUACCAGCAACCCCUCAGAUGAGCCUCACUCAGAGCAGUCAGAGGCAGAGGUCUCCGGCUUGACUGGGUUUUACAUGUCUCAUUUUGCGCACAUGGACCCAGCAAUCAUCUGUAGCAGAUUCAGUCCUGAGAUUGUCGGCUUAUGCAUUUUCCUCCUCGUCCCAGCCGCCGUGAUGAUCGUGGAGAUAGUGGACAUGCUUCACGACCGAUGGACGACUGAGCAGUUCCCUGAGCGUGGGAGAGGCCGAGAGCGACUGACCGGUCCCGAACGUCAGUACACAAUUCUGGCAAAAUACGAGCGCGAGAAAGCUGCCAUGGAUGACCAGUCGCAGAAAUGGUGGGGCCAACGAAGACGAUCUAAGUGA